UUCAUUUUUGUUUCCAUGGCUAAACCCGUAGCUCUCGUUCUCGGUAGUAGCGGACAAGUAGGCAAGGCCAUUGUCUGUAGUCUUAGCGAGUCAUACUCGGACAAGGUCGACAUCAAGGCAUGCACUCGUCAUCCAGACAAAGCCAGCGAUCUGGCCAGCCUUCCGUCCGUCGAGGUGAUAGCAGCCGACAUGGGCACCUCUACAUUUGACGAAAUCAUCAAGCGAUUCAAUGCUGUUUCGGCUUGUAUUGUGACCCCUGGUCACGAGAAUCCUGCUCCAAUUGUCGCAGCGGCGGCCAAGGCUUGCAAAUCGGUGGGUGUGAAGAGCGUGUGCGUUUUUUCCGACAUAUCAGCCGCUCUUACCGGGGAGUCUGCUACUGUCGUCUUGACUUCCAUGUUCAGAGACGUGGAGGACGCGGUGAAGGACGUGGGCGUUGCGUACACCAUAUUUCGGUUGCCAUUUUUCUUUGAAAAUCUUUACUAUAGUGCUGAAAGGAUCACAGCUAAUUCUGAAGUGUUUUCACCUGCAAGACCCGAUGCUCCCUUUACUGGAAUUGCUGUCACUGAUAUCGGGAAAGCAGCUGCUGCAGUUUUGGUUAAUCCAUCGGCUCAUGCCAACAAAAUUUACAAUUUGGGCUCAAAUGCUCAAACAUUUGAUGACAUUGCUAAUGCAUUUACUCAGUCGCUGGAGAGGAAAAUCGAGUAUGUCAAAGUUCCCUAUGAGAAGUUCAAACAAUUCUGUGUAGACACAUGUUGGCCUGAAUGGACGAUUGAUGGCGUUGUUGGCUAUUUCAAGGCAGUGGACCGUGGAUCUUCUCACGUAGUAGACACAUCUGCUGUUGCAACAUACACAUCUAUUACAGGACUGGAGCCUCUGACUGUCCAACAGUGGGUGACCCAGCAAGCCGAUGUGUUUAAGGAGAGAAAGUAGAGGUGGUCAUCAUGAUGUCACGGUGUUUACUCAAACUUUGACAUUUUCUGCAUGACUUUUAAUUGACAGUGUUCUUUCUGCUUUGUGCACUUGGCAACAGCGAUCAAAUCUGCUUGUAAGCAAGAGCUGAGAUAUUCAAUUGUUAGCAGUAUUAGAAAUCAGGUCUGGCAUUUGUGGGACCAUUAUUUAACAGAUGAAAAUUAUAUGGGUAUGGUGUAUGUAAUGUACUACACCAUGCAGGCAAUAAUGAA